AUGGUCCCCCGGUCUCUCGGGGCGUUCUUAAAAGCGGCUCGCUCGGCAUUGACCGCCCCCGCCAGCCAGCGACCGAAGCCGCUGACCAUUGUCAUUGGCAACGAGAGUGCAGACCUCGACUCGCUCUGCUCGGCCGUUUUGCUUGCCUACUUCCGCUCCCACACACCGCCGCACAAUGCCUCCCUUCACGUGCCGCUGUGCAACCUGCCCCGCGCCGAUCUCGUCCUCCGCCCCGAAUUGCAAGCUGCUCUAGCCGGCUCCAGCCCUGUCCCCAAAGCCGCGUCUGGCUCUCGUCCGAUUCCAGGGGCGCACGGUGGUGUACCACUGGACAGUCUUAUCACGCUGUCCGAGCUUCCCGACGACCUCACGGCAGACGACACCGAGUGGCUGCUCGUCGACCACAAUGCCCUGACCGGCGACUUGGCUGCGCGUUUCCAGAGCAGUGUUGCGGGCUGCAUUGACCACCAUGUCGAUGAGGGUGUGGUCCCGGCUGCUGAUGACAAAGGCGCCUUCCCGCGGAUCAUUGAGACCUGUGGCAGCUGUGCGAGUCUCGUUGUGGACUACGCCCAUGAUGCCUGGCGGCAGCUUGCCGAACAGGAGCCCGACCAGGCGACAGACCGGGUGUUGGCACGCCUCGCCCUGGCACCGAUCCUGGUGGACACGUCUAAUCUCAAGUCGGCCACCAAGACGGUCGAAACGGAUCGGCGGUCCGCGGCCGUGGCCGAGGGUGUUCUGGGCGUGAGCAACGGCGGCGGCAAGGGACCGUUCAACGCCUCCUACGAGACCAAUUCCCACUUCGACCGCACAGCCUACUACGAGGAGCUCUCGCGGCUCAAGAACGACAUAUCGACGUUUAGCUACAGCGAUGUUCUGCGCAAGGACUACAAGCAGUGGCGUGAAACGACUGACAGCGGCGGCAGCCUGACUGUCGGCUUCUCCACAAUCUCUCAGGGAAUUGGAUAUGUUCUGAAGAACAUUGGCGACCGCGACGCCCUGGUCGCCGGCCUAAAGACGCAUGCCAAAGAGAGAAACCUGGACAUUGCCGUCAUCAUGACUGUGCAGCACGACGAGGGUGGUUUUGCACGCCAACUAUUGUUGUGGGCCUUGAAUGACCCAGCGGUAAAGGCCGCAAAGGGUUUUGUGCAGGCGAACUCGGAGAAACUUGACUUGAAGCCGUGGGGCGACGGCCUACUCGACGGCGCCGAGGAAGAUGGUCAGUGGCGGGCGUGCUGGACACACCGCACCGAGUUCAGUCGCAAACAGAUGGCUCCUUUGCUGCGAGAUGCGAUGAAGUCUUCAUAG